AUGAUGGGUUGUUCUCUAUCAUCAAUAAAUAGUAGGAAAAAAAAUCAAAUAUCUAAUCAUAUCUCUCAACAACAAUUAAAUGAUGAACAAAUUGAACAAUUACUUAAAACUCGAUUUAGUCGUUCUGAAAUAAAUGAUUGGUAUCAUGCUUUUAUCGAAAAAUGUGGUGCUGGUAGUAAAACAUCAUCAUUUCUUACUGCUCAUCUUAAUAAACAACUUUUUAUUGAUUAUUUCACUCAAUUACAUCCGAAUGGAGAUGUUAUUCGUUUAACUGAAACAUUUUUUCGGACAUACGAUCUUAAUGGUGAUGGUUCUAUUGAUUUUAUGGAAUUUAUGCAUGCUGUUAAUAUUAUUCGACGAGGUGAUUUAAUUGAAAAACUAUCAUUAAUUUUUUCAUUAUUAGAUUCGAAUCAAGACGGUUAUAUAGAUCGUUUAAAAUUAGUUAAAAUGAUGGAAGCAUUAUAUAAUAUUAAAGGAAUAAAUUACAAAGAUAAUUAUAAUGUAUUAUUAAGAAAAGUUGAUAGUCUUAUAACAAGAUUUGAUACAGAUAAAGAAGGAGGACGUAUUUUAAGAUACAAAUUUAUUGAAAGUUGUAUGAAUGAUAAUGCUUUAAGAGAUUUAUUAAAUGUAUAUAAAUAA